UCAUACAUCCGCCUUGUGCUUCACGUUAUAAACAAAGCAACGCUUCUGUUACUGCAGCAAUUUGCGCUCUUUGAAAGGAGAGAGAAAAAAAGUUUUUUGUGGACAUUUUUUGGGGAGUGCUCAUCUCAGGACAAUCAGAAGUGAAAUCCACAGGCUCUGCAGCUCUUUGAAAUGGAUGAGAUCCAGGUUGUUGAGUCCAAACCCCUGCUGGUUGACAGGGAACUGCCGGGCCUGAGAGAGGCUGUACAGCAGCUUGUUAUCAAGGAGCACGAUGUGGAGACUCCUCAUGGAAGAAUCCACUGUACAAUGAAGGGGGUUCCCAAGGGAGACAGACCUGUCAUCCUCACCUUCCAUGACAUCGGACUGAACCACAAAACCUGCUGGAACACGCUCUUCAACCAUGAGGACAUGUCGGAGAUCAUGCAGCACUUUUCUGUGUGUCACGUUGAUGCCCCCGGACAGCACGAGGGAGCUAACACCUUUUCCACUGGAUAUGAGUAUCCCUCUAUGGACCAACUCUCUGAGACACUCCCACUGGUGCUGAAGCACUUUGGGCUGAAGAGUGUUAUUGGAAUGGGCAUUGGAGCCGGGGCUUACAUUCUGACCAGAUUCGCUCUGGACUACCCGAACAUGGUAGAGGGCCUGUUGCUCAUCAACAUCAACCCGUGUGCUGAGGGAUGGAUGGACUGGGCUGCACACAAGAUCAGCGGCUGGACCCACGCCAUGCCUGACAUGAUCAUCUCCCACCUCUUUGGAAAGGAGGAGAUCCACAACAACCAUGACUUGAUUGCGACAUACCGCCACCACGUCAUGAACGACAUGAACCAGUUUAAUCUGCAUCUCUUUGUCAAGUCCUACGAAAGUCGGAGGGAUCUGGAGGUUGAGAGGCCGGUCCCAGGAAGCAAUGUCAGAACCCUCAAGUGCCCUUCUCUGCUGGUGGUUGGCGAUAGCUCUCCUGCUGUGGAGGCUGUGGUUGAGUGCAACACCAAGCUGGACCCAACAAAGACAACCCUGCUUAAGAUGGCUGACUGCGGUGGCAUGCCCCAGGUUGACCAGCCUGGAAAACUGACAGAAGCUUUCAAGUACUUCAUUCAGGGCAUGGGAUACAUGCCAUCUGCCAGCAUGACCCGCCUGGUCCGCUCCCGCACCGCCUCCGGCUCCAGCGUCACCUCCUUCGACGGCAACCGCUCCCGCUCCCACACCAGCGAGGGAAACCGCUCCCGCUCACACACCAACGAGGGCAGCCGCAGCCGCAGCCACACUGUCGAGAACCAGCGCGGCCGCUCCCACACAGGCGGCUCCAUGGACGGCACAGCCAACAGCAACGUGGACCAGGCUGUGCCCAAGUCCACUGAAGUGUCCUGUUAAGCGACCCCACCCCCACCCCCACUUUCUGGACACCCAAACCUCUCAAGAAGUUCCCUUCGGUCUGUGCUGCACUGCCUCUAAUUGACACACAGUCACACACAUUCCUACGCACAUACACAUUGAUGUGGAGAUGAGGGACAUGAUAAGAUAGCAUACCUGGAUUUGUAAAAACGCACAAUGGACACUCACCUGCAGAGUAUUCAGUGCAGCUGAGAUGCCCAAAUUUCAAAAUAGGAUGUCUCUUGAGUAGGAGGUCAAAGGUCAACUGUAUGCCUGGUUUGUCAUUCUGAGGAACUCAAACAUAUCUGAGCAGCAAAUGCUUCUGAGCUCCUUGGCCAGGUGAGUGUGUAGUUAGGGGCAGCGCAGCAUCUGGGAACACCGAAGCGGAGAAUGUCGGAGAAAGCUGUGGCUACGAGUACACCAGCUUGUACAUGUAUCGCUCAUAAUCUCUCAUACAUAUAUAUAAAAAAAAAAAAUGUUUUAAUUUCCAUUUCUGCAUUCCUUUCAUCCUGUUUUUAUCCAUUUUUACCGUACUGACACAGCUUUCUCAAAUAUACCUGACUGUAAAUGACUGUUUUCUGUUUCUCAUUGUAAUUGUUUGAUCAUUUAUUCUUUUACUUUCCAUGUCUGAAGUGUUGUCGUUUGUUCGUAGGAGCAGAUUUGUAGAUGUGGAGAGAAAACGGGGAGGCACUUGGGUAAAUAAAACAAAUGGCAAUUUGCUUCACAAAUUGCAAAUGUAACUUUUGAAAAUUAAGGGACAGACUUCAAAUAUAUCAUGUAUAUACAGCAAAUAAUGUUUCAUCUUGCCAAUGUCCAUUAUCCUUGAGUUUUUUCAAAACAUCAUCUGUUGUAACGAUUUUCUAGAAGUCACAUCUGUCAUGAAUCUUUUCUGGAAUCAAAUGAUCAUUGUACGCUUUGCCAUCAAUCAGAAUACACCCUGAAAUACAAAUUCAAAAGCUUUUACAUCUUAUGCUUUAUUAAUGGAUCAUGGCCUCAGACAAAAAAGUUUUUUUUCCUCUUUUUUUAAAUGAUGAUUUCUAUGCAAUCAAGCACAACGGAACAAAGAUGUGCCAUGGAAUUGUUCACUUUUUAGAUGUGAUGCUCCUAUGUGGUUGUGGAUUUUUGGGUGAGUGAAGUUGUAGGUCCACAUGUUAACAUGAGGAUAGCCAUAGAACUUACCUGACACCUUCUACUCCCUGUAUUUUACUUGCACUACAGCAGCAUUUUGCUUUGUAGAACACAUACACAGCUUUGUAAAGAUGCGUUGCACAACCGUCUAAUGCUGUAGAAAAGCAUUAAAAUGACAUAACAGUUUGUAUUUAUUAAAAAAAUGACAAUAAAAACCCUGUAACAGA